AUGCACCCCGGGACGGAUGUAGAUGGGUCGAGUCCCGCGGACUACCACGUGCUGACGGCGGAAGCUCUUGCCGAAAGAACUCUGGAUGGUCUGCUGGCGGAGCACCCCGGAGAAUUGGUCAGGACCGGGAGUCCGCACUUGGUGUGCACUAUGCUUCCGCCCCACUGGCGUUCGAAUAAAACAUUACCGGUAGCGUUUAAAGUGGUAGCAUUGGGUGAAGUACUCGACGGUACGUUGGUUACGGUCAGGGCCGGAAAUGACGAAAAUUUUUGCGGGGAGUUAAGAAAUUGUACGGCGGUCAUGAAGAAUCAAGUGGCCAAAUUUAACGAUUUAAGAUUCGUGGGAAGGAGCGGAAGAGGUAAAAGUUUCACACUUACAAUAAUAAUAAAUAGUUCUCCUCCUCAAGUGGCUACAUAUGCAAAAGCAAUUAAAGUUACCGUCGAUGGUCCAAGAGAACCCAGAUCGAAAACAAGACAUCAACAAUUUCAUCCGUUUCAUUUUGGUCCGAGACCUUUUCAUUUUGGAAAUCCACUGGAUCCACAAAGAAUAACCGAUCCGAUGGUUGGUUCAUUACCAUUUAAAUUACCAGUAAAAGUUUUUACCUUUAAGCUUCCAUCCAUUAAAAUUUUCGUUAUAAGAAAAGGAAAAUAG